AUGUCUCACUCAACCCCCCAGCAAGUUUCCGGAGGUACAGAUCGCCAGGCCCAGGAGCAAGACGAGAUUACAAUUCGGCACCGCGCUCAAUUUCGCAUCCAGACUCAUAGAUUUCUCCAAAACGUCACACAGCUUGUUCAGGACUGGAAGAGUCAGGCCAAGACUGACUUCUUCAAGGAACUGGGCAAGGUUGAAGGGUCCGCUCUGACCACGGAGGAGUAUGUCGAGCUGUGCGGAGCGAUGAUCGAGAAUCGUGAACUCAUCAUUUCGUCUAUGAAGCGGGGAAAUGAGGUCUUUGAGAAGGAGAUUGAGAACCUGAAGAGCGACCCAGUCGAGGCCAUGUCGGACUUGACCAUAGAGCGCUACGAGGCUAGUGUCGAGACACGCAAUCAAGUGAUCGCCGACCUUGAAAAGGAGAGGCUGGAGCUUGUGAACAAGAAGAAUGAAUCUGACGAGUCUGAGUACCCUGAGCAUUGGAUCUUCAAGUCAUGA